AUGCUCACAGAUCACUCUAAGGUCGCCAUUGCGCAGAUUGUCUUUUAUGUACCUGCCAUAGUAGCCGCCGCGGUGCUUCUAUUCCACCGCCAUGGCCGGCCCCGACAGGCCUGGAUUAUCCUCCAGGUCUUCUGCUUGAUCCGUGUCGCCUGCGCUAUUGUCACCAUACUCUACGAGAACACCCCAACGAGCAUCGGCCUGUAUAUCGCCGCGCUGAUCCUUCUCAACGCCGGACUGCUGCCCCUGAUCGCAGCGACUCUCGGUCUUCUGCGGAUAAUUAUUGUCUACGAGUUCAAAAACAACAACAAGAGUCUUCACAUGCCCAUGAGAAUCUCUCGGUUCUUGUUCAUUGCCGGGAUUGCCUUGAUCAUCGCUGGCGGCUCCUUGGCUGGGGAUUACACGGACGCGGAGUCUGUGAAGACGGGCCAUACACUUACCAAGGUGGGGUAUAUUGUUGUUGCAGUCUUUAUGGCUGGCUUGGUGCUUAUCCAGGGGCAUUUUUGGAGACUGUAUGCUAGUUUGUCUCGCGCAAGUCAGACGGUGCUCAAGGGCAUGGGUCUGGCUGUUCCGUUUAUCAUUGUGCGGAUCGCAUGGCUUUUCCUGUCGAUCUAUCAUCCUGAUGACAAGAGAUGGAGUAACCUGAGUGGAGACAUUGGAGCUUUUGUGGUCAUGACGGCGCUGAUGGAGUACAUUAUCGUGUGCAUAUACAUCGGGACGGGGUUCAUGAUUCCUGCUACUAAGGGUGUGACUCGUACUGGUGACCAGGAGCUAGAGCAUGAGCCGGCAGGUGAAGGGAGCAGCCAAUACGGGAAGCUCCAUUCUCUUGAGCGGGCGUGA